AUGUGGGAUGCGGAGUUGGAACCGAACGUCAUCAGCUACAGCGCUGGUAUCAGCGCGUGUGAGAAAGGCGAGCAGUGGCAACCUGCCCUGUUGUUGCUCAGCGAAAUGUUGGUGGCAAAGUUCGAGCCCGACAUCAGUCACUACAACGCCGGGAUCAGCGCGUGUGAGAAAGGUGGGCAGUGGCUGCGGGCCCUCUCGCUGCUGAGCGAGAUGUGGGAGGCGAAGCUGGACCACAAUACCAUCUUCAGCUACAACGCUGGCAUCAGCGCGUGUGCGAAAGGCGGGCAGUGGCAGCAGGCUUUGUCGUUGCUGAGCGAGAUGUGGGAGGCGAAGUUAAAUCCCGACACGUUCAGCUACAGCGCUGGCAUCAGCGCGUGUGAGAAAGGUGCGCAAUGGCAGCGAGCUCUGUCUCUUCUGGGCGAGAUGUGGGAGGCGAAGUUGGAUGCAGACACUGCCAUCUACAAUGCCGGGAUCAGCGCGUGCGAGAAAGGAGAGCAGUGGGAGCGAGCCUUGUCGUUGUUGAGCGAGAUGUGGGAGGCGAAGUUGAAGCCCAACGUGAUCAGCUACAGCGCUGGGAUCAGCGCGUGUGAGAAAAGCGAACAGUGGCAGAGGGCCCUCUCGCUGCUGAGAGAGAUGUGGGAGGCGAAGCUGAAGCCCGACAUGAUAACUACAGCGCUGGGAUCAGCGCGUGUGAGAAAGGCGAGCAGUGGCAGCGGGCUUUGUCGCUGCUGA